CCCCGCUGACGGUGUCCUCCAUGUGUGCCUGGAGAGGGUGGGCCAGCUGGAGCUGUGGCUGCAGAGAGCACAGAGGAGCCUGGUAGCUGCAGGACCUGCUGCUGCUGCUGCUGGAUCAUCGACCAUGCAGGACAGUGUGGAACAGCAACUUCUUACCUGUCAGGAGAUGUUCCUGGAGAUUGAACAGAAGGUUGCUGGUCUCUCAGCUCUCGGCCUGCCCUCAGACCGGCAACAGGAUGAACUGGGAGCUAUGGGAUCUCAGCAGGAAGCGGCCGAGCUGCUCUCCUCUAAACUGGAACUGCUGAAGGCAAACCUGGUGUGUUUCCAACAGCUGCUGCAGGACCGACAGGGAGAGGAGAGAGUCACAGCUAAUAAAGAGCCACAGGAACAGAAGGCAGAUUCCCAGUCAGAGCGCCCUCUUGAGUCCAGGUUGCAGCGCAGCGGAAGUGUUCAGGAGAUUUUCUCUUCACCAAGAAACAAACUACUCAGACAGAGCAGCCUGCAGCAGCAGAAGGAGCUGGAGCAGGAGCUGACAGAGCAGAUAGGACUGACUCAGGCCAUCGCCAGGCAGGGCAGCAGAACUCGACUUUACAGCCAGGACUCAGAGGACCACAGCCUGCUUUCACCACGGCUGCCUCCUGCCGAGCCUGAUGCAGACGAGGACUCUGCUCAGAAGAAGUGGGAUCACCUUCACAGUCGGCUGCUGGCUGUGGAGGAGAGCUGGCUGCUUCCUCCCUCUGAGGUGUCAGACUCAUCUGUGAGGCGUGGUGAUGGAACAGCAGGACGUAUGAUUGGCAUACAAACCCUAAAAGAGCUUCAAACUCACAUAAGACUUCUAAGGAAGCUGGGGCAUACAGCGACAGAGCGACUCAGUCAGGACCCUUCUGAGGACGGAUCCCAUCAGACCCUAGACGAGAGUUUAUUCCAUGUUCUUUAUGGAGCGUCUCUGUCUCUGUCCUCCAUCACCAACCUGCUGAACUCAUCUGCUGGGCCGACACAGGAAGGAGACACACAGAUGAGGCUGCAGCAGCUACAGAGUCUGUCUGCAGAGCUGGAAACUCUCAGCAGGGAGCUGGCUUCUCAGGGCCCAAAAGCCACGCGUGUCCUUGGCUCAGAGCGUUGUCAGUUGUGUGUAGAUGAUGUGUGUAGAGUUCUCCCUGUGGUCCAGGCUGCACUGAGCAGCAGAGGGAAGCAGCUCAAGAAGCAGCAGCAGGAGACUGCACAGCAGCAGAAACUUCUAAAUGAGUUGCAUGCAGCCUUCACUUCUAACCAGAGGACUGUUCAACAAGUUAUUAAUGAAUUUAAUGGAACCCUGGAUCCUAACAAACAACUGCAGGUGGUGGUUCAGAUGCAAGAGUCUCUGCAGCAGCAGGUGGAGCAGGUGAGCUCCAUGCUGGAGGAGGCUGACCGUCUCAACCUGCCCUCAUCUCACAUCCAACAGGCCAGAAAGCUGCAGGGUGAGCUGGACAGGUCUCUUGGUGAUAUUCGCUCCUGUUCUGAUGAGCUGAAGAGCAGUGUGGAGCUGCAGCAGCAGUAUGAGCGCCUGGUCCACAGCCUGGAGAAGCUUAUCUCUUUUGGCUCUGAGCGUCUUGCACUGCCACCUGACACAGAGCUCCACGACAGAGCUCAGCUUGAGCAGCAGCUCAGCAGUCAUAUGAAAUUCUUCCAAUUCCUGAGUCAUCAUUUUAGGACCCUACAGUACUUGACUCAGAGAGUCCCGGAGAGUGAACUCCAGAGGUGGGAGGCUGUGGUGAAGAGCCUGCAGGAUGAGGUGAUUCUGCUUCAGCAGAACGGACUGGAGAAAGGGACCAGGAUGUACAAGAUAUUACAGUUGUGGUCUCAGUGGGAGGAGGACAGCGUCUGGUCAGACUCCCUGCUGAGAGGAAUUGAGUCUUCUCUUCCUAAGAUGCACGAUGUGGCUGAUUCUGAGGAGCAGAUAUCAGAGAAGCUCUCUGUCUUCCAGGAACAGCAACACAUUCUGGAUUCAAACAGGGCGAGGUUAGGUCAGAUGUUGGAGACAGGACUCUGGCUGCAGAAGGUGGGCUGCAGAGGAGUGGGGACGACCACCAGUAGGCUUGAGGCAUGCUGGAAAACAUUAAGGAAGACAAUGGAGCAUGAUCGCAUCAAUGUAGAGAAGAACAGGAAGCUCAGGAACAGGUUUCUUCGGGACUCUACAGCACUGGCUGACUGGAUGAGCAGAGCCAGAGAGCUGAUAGACAAAUGGAGUCAGCUCUCUGUUUCUGCCAGUGAGGAGAUGGAUGUUGAACAAAGGCAGGACCACUACCUGCAGUUUGUAGCAUUGACUAAAGAGUUGGAGGCCAAAUCUGGCCUGAAGGUGGCCGUGAUUGGUGCUGGUACACAGCUGGUCCAGCUGAGGGAGGCAGAGGGAGAUUCAGACAGAAGGCCAGGGGAUGAAGAGAGUUCACUGUCUCAGACUUCAGACCAAUAUCUGUGCUCCAUCCACUCCCAGCUCAGACAGAUAGAGCUGGACUGGUCCAGUCUGCUGGUUGAUGUUCCUGUCGUCCAACAGGCACUCCAUAAGCAAUGGAUGAAGACGUUGACCCAGCAGGGGGCGCUGCUGGAGCUGCAGACCUGGCUGGAGGCUGCAGAGUCCAAACUGGAGGAGCAUCACAGCAGAAUUGACCAAACCUCCUCCUCUAACACUGAUCUGAGUCAACUUUUGAGGCGCUGCAAGGAGUGUCAGGCAGAGAUGUCAGCUCAUCAGGCCACCCUGGACUUUGUCAACCCGCCUUUACAGACCUGCUGUGCCGAGGAGGGCCAGAGUGGGCGCUAUGAGCACAACCAGUUUGCAGAUGAGCAGGGUCGUCUCAAUCAUCAGUGGCUCAGUUUGCAAGAAACCCUCAACUCUGAGAUCACUGAGGUGGAGCAGGAGCUGAGGAGCAGGGUGGAGCGGGACGCUCGGCUGCAGCAGAUCAACAGCUGGAUCACAGAUCAAAACAUCUGGAUGGAAUCAGCUCAGACACCCAGCAGCAGGAUGGAGCUGCAGAGGAGCAUCAACACCUGCCAGGGUCUUGAAGAAAAUAUCAGGUUAAAAUCUGCAGCUCUUCAGGACCUGAGAGGCAAAUUCAGUGCCAAAGGAGAAAGCAGGCACUGUGACUUUAUAUCACAGGUUGAAAAAUCCACUAAGGCCAGCAGAGCUCUCACAGAACAGAAGGACUCAGUGAAACAGAGGCUGGUUGAGACCCAGGAGCUGUGGGAUUGUGUGGAGAAUCAACUAAAUCAGUUGUUGCAGAAAAAAACAAGAAUUUCUCAGACUCUUGAAUAUCACAGCAGCCCUCAGCUCUGCCUGCAGGCACACAGAGAUCUCCACAAGAAGCUGCAGUGUCUUCAAGAAGAGAGGGAGGCUUCAGAGGCAGAGUGGGACAAACUGAAUCAAACCAUGUCCUCUCUCAAAGACGUGAUAACUCCUACAGCUGCUGUCCUCUUCACAGAGCGGCUGGACAAACAAAGAUUCAGCUGGUGCAACAUGUCAGGAGAGCUGAACCUGCAGCUACAGAAGAGUGGAGAAGUCCUGCAGGCCUGGGAGGUCUACGCUCAGCUGGCUGCAUUUUUCUCUCAGCGGCUGCAGACGCUGCAGAAUGAUGGGAAGUCAGUUUUAAAUGGGGCGCCUACUGAUGACAACACAGUGGAGCAGGUCACUAUGAGGAUUCACAAAGUUCAGAGUCUCCAGGAGGGAGCAGACACUUUGCAGGCCGACCUGGAGGGGGUGCUGGAGGCCUCCAAAGACUUGAUUGGUCACCUUGAACCUUCAGCUGCUGCUCUGAUCCAAUCAGAGAGCAGGUUGCUGUCACGUGGUGUCCAGCAGCUUAGCCACAGCCUGACGGGAAAGCUGGGUCAGCUGCAGGUGGAGCUUGAGCGACUGCAGGAGUUUGAAAACGUCCUGAAGUCACUGGAGACUAACCUGGAGCUUUGGCAGGAGCGUCUGCAGGAUGUGGCUCAGACGGCAGACCAGUCUGGCCUCCUGGAGCUGAGCAGCCUGUCUGCUGACCUGGAUGUGCUGAAUGAGCAGAGCCACAGCUUGACGCUGGGCGACGCUGCAGCACGCCGCCUGCAACGCCUCAACCACUGCUGGGCCAACACCUCCGCCAGAGCUGAGGAGGCCUGCAGUGAGCUGCAGACAGAGGCGCUGAGGCGGCAGAGCUUUGAGCAGAAGUGUGAGAGCUGGAUGUCAUUUCUGCAGAGGAUGGAGGACAGUCUGGCUGUAGAUGUGGCUGGCUCCUAUUUUGGCCUCAGACAACAGCUCUGCACACACAAGCGGUUUCAAGCUGAGCUGUCCAUUGGUCACCAGAUCCUUUAUUCAGUUAUCACUGAGGCUCUUCAUCUGCUGCAGAAAGGAGAGGUGGAGGACAGGAGUGACUUCAUCCUGAAGCUGGCCCAGCUCAGAGAGCACUGGCAGGGGGCCGUGCAGCGAGCAGAUCAGCGCCGCUCACUGGUGGAGGGGCUGGUGAAGCACUGGCACCUGUACAAACGCAGUCUGAAGAAGCUGCAGAAGUUCCUGUCAGACACACAGACCCUCCUGCCCCCUGCUGGACCGACCCGCUGCAGCCUGCAGCAGCUCCGCCGCUCGCUCCAGGACCUCCAGCACACUGAGCUGUUGUUCCAGAGGUAUCAGUCCAGUUUCAUCCACACGCUGGAGAUCGGCCGGCAGCUCUUCUCCAUGGGGGACGAGGAGACCCAGAAUCAGCUACAGUCAGAGCUGGGAACCCUGCAGGAGGAGUGGGAUAACCUUCACAGCCUGCUGAGCCGGAGGGUGGACCUCACUGAGGCUAUAAUCAAGAACUGGGAGCGCUGUGAAGCUGGACUAUCAAACAACAUGCUGCAGCUGAAGGAUAUGAAGACCAGGCUGAACCAGUCGAUACCGGAGUUUGAUGAUGAGCUGCAAAGCGUUGAGAAAUUCCUCAAGGAGAACGAGGACUCCCUGGAGGACUGGGCUGAGAGCCUGACGGAGCUGAGCACCAUGAAGACGGAUCUGUCCCAGUACAUCAUUGCUGACGAUGUCCUGCUCCUGCAGGAGCAGGUCGAGCACCUUCACUGUCAGUGGGAGGAACUCUGCCUCAAGGUGUCUCUGCGUAAACAGGAGAUUGCAGAUCGUCUGAACGCCUGGAUCAUCUUCAAUGAGAAGAACAAAGAGCUGUGCGAAUGGCUGACACAGAUGGAGAACAAGGUGGCGCACAACUCCGACCUCAACAUCGAGGAGAUGGUGGAGAAACUGAAGAAGGACUGUAUGGAAGAGAUCAACCUCUUCAGUGAGAAUAAAACCCAUCUGAAGCAGCUUGGAGAACAACUCAUUACAGCCAGCAACAAAACGAAAGAGACGGAGAUCAACGACAAGCUGAAGGACAUCAAUGACCGCUGGCAGCAUCUGUUCGACCACAUAGAGGCCAGGGUGAGGAAGCUGAAGGAGACGCUGGUGACGGUGCAGCAGCUCGAUAAGAACAUGAGCAACCUGCGGACAUGGCUGUCUCGUAUUGAGGCCGAGCUGGCCAAGCCGGUUGUCUACAAUGUGUGCCAUAGUGACGAGAUCCAGAGGAAACUGGCAGAGCAGCAGGAUCUACAGCGGGAUAUCGAGCAGCACACAGAGAGCGUGGCGUCUGUUCUCACCCUGUGCGACGUCCUGCUGCAUGAUGCAGAUGCAUGCGGCAGCGACUCAGAAAAUGACUCGAUCCAGCAGACCACCAGAAGUCUGGACCGACGCUGGAGGAACAUCUGUGCCAUGUCCAUGGAGAGGAGGAUGAGGAUUGAGGAGACGUGGCGUCUCUGGUGUAAGUUCCUGGAUGACUACUCUCGCUUUGAAGAUUGGCUGAAGACGGCCGAGCUCACCGCAGCCAGUCCAGACUCUUCUGACGUCCUCUACACCAGCGCCAAAGAGGAGCUCAAGAAGUUUGAGGCCUUCCAGCGGCAGGUUCAUGAGCGUCUGACUCAGCUGGAGCUCGUCAACAAACAGUAUCGACGCCUGGCCCGGGAGAACCGAACCGAUGCCUCCAGCAAGCUCAAAGUCAUGGUCCAUGAAGGGAACCAGAGGUGGGACAGCCUGCAGAGGAGGGUGGCUGCUGUUCUCCGCAGACUCAAGCACUUUACCUCUCAGAGAGAAGACUUCGAGGGGACUCGUGAGGGGAUCCUGGUCUGGCUGACAGAGAUGGACCUGCAGCUCACCAAUGUGGAGCAUUUCUCAGAGAGUGACAUCGAAGACAAGAUGAGACAGCUCAAUGGUUUCCAGCAGGAAAUCACCCUGAACACAAAUAAAAUCGACGCUCUGAUCGUGUUCGGGGAGAACUUGAUCCAGAAGAGCGCUCCUCUGGAUGCCGUGCUGAUCGAGGACGAGCUGGAGGAGCUGCACUCUUACUGUCAGGAGGUGUUUGGACGCGUGUCUCGAUUCCACAACCGCCUGGUCAACAGACGCCCUGUUCUGGAGGAGGAGAGGGAGCUGUCAGACCGUGACACAGACCAUGAUGACUCAUCUGAGCUUCCUAAUGGGACCUCCUGGAGCGAGACGAGGAGGAAAAAGGAGGAAGAGGAAGUUCCAGCAGUAGGUGUAGUCUCAGCUGGGCGACAGGUGAUGUGCCACCUCUUAGCGCCCCCUUUGGAGCGGUCAGGAAGAGAGACCCCCGUCAGCGUCGACUCCAUCCCCCUGGAGUGGGAUCACACGGUUGAUGUGGGAGGAUCAUCGUCGCAUGAAGAUGAUGAGGACGCCACCUUCUUCAGUGCUUUGUCAGAUGUGAAGGUCACAGAGAGCUCAGAGUCGUUUGUCAAAGCGACGGUCAGAGCAGUGAGAGCAGCUUCGGUGAAAUCAGUGACUGACCCACCCAGCUGGCACCAGCCCGGCUCUCCAGAGAGGAAACGAGCUCUUCUGCGAGGUCUGAGCUCAUCUCCGACACACAGCACCAGCGCUCCUUUCCACCAGCAGGGCUACGUUAAACUCAUGUCGGAGUGCAGUGGCAGCAUCAACACAGUAAAGAGAGUGAAGCUGAUCCUGAAUGAUGAAGAGGAGCUGGAUGAUCCCGGUCUGACCAGCAGUACAGCUGACAAGCAGACCAGCACAGGUGUGAUCGAGCGCUGGGAGCUUCUACAAGUACAGAAGUUCAACAAGGAGACGGACAUCAAACAGGACCUGGAGCAGUGGCAGAAGCUGAACUCUGACCUCUCUGAAGUCACUUCCUGGUUGGGCAGGGUGCUGCCAGAGCUUGAGAGGCUACAACGAAUCGCACCGUCCACAAGCAUAAGAGACAUCGAAGUCAACAUCAGGAAGCUAAAGGAGAUGCAGAAAACCUUCAACAGCUACAAGUGUCUGAUGAUCUCCGUUAACCUGAGCAGUCGUCACUUCCUGCGAGGCGACAGCGCCGAGCUGCGAGAGCUGCAGGAAGCUCUGAGCUCAGCCAAUCAGAGCUGGACGCAGGCCUGCAGCGGCCUGGAGAGAUGGGAAAGGAGGCUGCACUCUGCUCUCAUGCAGUGUCAGGAGUUUCAUGAGACGCUGCACUCUCUGCUCCUGUGGCUUUCUCAGGCUGAGAACAAACUCAGUGCUGUGAACGUCAACGACCCGUCAAUAUCAAACCUUAUUCUGCUGGUGCACCAGAAAUCACUGAUGACUCUGCAAGAGGAGCUGCGUGGCCGACAGCGGCAGGUCUCCUCCCUGCAGGAGAUCUCCUCUCAGCUCCUCCUUGAGGCCACAGAGGAGGACAGCAUCGAGGCCAAAGAGAAGGUCCAUGUCAUCUGCAACAAGCUGUGUCUGCUGCUGCGGCAGGUGGCUGCUGACCUGCACGUGCUGCAGAGAAGACUGGAAACCGGAUCGACCAGCCCUGAGGUGGACAGCAUCGGUCUGGGAACUGUCAGCUCUCCUCUGCAGCUGCAUAAGGAGGAGGUUGCUUCACAGGCUGCUACUGCUGGACUUCCAGCAACAAGAAGGGAGGAGAGGAGGGAUUCUUCCCCCCACCGACCUCUCUUCUACCGCGUUCUUCGAGCUGCCUUCCCUCUCCACCUGCUCUUCUUCAUGCUGCUGGUUCUGGCCUGCCUGAUACCUCUGUCUGAGGAGGACUACAGCUGUACUUUGUCCAACAACUUUGCCCGCUCUUUCUACCCCAUGCUGCGCUACACCAAUGGCCCCCCACCCACAUGA